GUGGGCAUGUCAGUGCUGGCAACAAAGCUGUUAUGUACAAGUGCUGAUGUCGUUACUAAGUUACUGGCUUGAAACACACUUCUGACCAUUUAUAUAGAGUUCUGAAGACACCAUAUUUUUUGAAUGAUGUUUGAUUCAAGAAGUGUAUUUUGUAAAUCAGAUUAACUAGAGCUAUGAUUCAACUUUAUCCAAAUAAAUAUGAAACCCAACAGGACAUGUCCUCAGUUCGAGAAAAGUGAAACUCAAGAGGAAGAUUGUUAUGGUGAGUGCUGCAGCUGUAGAUGUUGCACUAGAAGAGCUGCAUGUAUCUCUGGGAUCCUUUUGUCUUGUAUGAUCUUUAGUGCAGUGGUGCUAGUCUUGGUUUUUGCCAUCCCUGAGCCACCUCCAAUAAAUCGAGAUUGUAGGACGCCACAAAAUGGGUCCGGAUUUUUGUGUGAUGACAGAGUAACCUGCAUCCCACCUUCUGACCUCUGUAACGGAGCUCCCAACUGUCCCAGUGGAACAGAUGAGGACAAGCUCAUAUGUAGUAAGCUUCAUUCUAUUUUAACAACAGAGGCAUGUGAAAAUCCAUACAUACUGUAUACUACUAUAAAUUCAAUGUUCAGUGUUUCACAAUGGAUUCAUGCAAAGCGGGCCAUUUUUAUUUUAGAUGAUCUACCAAACAACCUUCCAAGUAACAUUAUCUUACGUUGUGGCAAUCCACGCUUUUGGAUCUUCAUUGACAAAAAAUGUAACUUUAUUAAUGAUUGUGGAGACUGCUCGGAUGAAACUGGAAUUUACACAAGCUGCCCUUCCUGUGGAGCAGAGUGGUGGGCCUGCAUCCCUGUGCUCUUUCAAUACUGUGAGUGUAUACCCCAAAGUCUUUGUCGGGAUGGUAGACAGCACUGUUUUGACUGGUCUGAUGAAUACAUCUGCAUCAAAGACUAAAAUACAGACAUUCCUCAAAAUGCAUUGUCCUGUGUACAAGUCAGAAUGUGUAUUUUCCAUUUUACCAUUUUCACUGUUGUGUAUGAAAAAAAUUCUUGUGUCUUAGACACAACUUAGAUUCAUAUUGCACUUUGUCCAUUUUCAAGUGAAGUAUUUUGUAUAAACAUGCCCAUGUUUGGCUGCCAAUGAAUGAGGCAAUGACAGAUAAUAGUACAAAAGUUCAAAUGAACUGUUUUUUUUAUUUUUUUUAUUUACAAGAAUCAAAAUAAAAGCAUUUCAGAGUCACUUCCCUCA